UAUAAAUCAACAAGUAAUGGCGGAUUUGGUGAGCGGAGAGGCCUCCGAAUCGGAUGAGGAACUGCAGGACAAGCACAAGAUUUUUGCAGCUGAAGUUCCGGGGGAAGCCUCCGAAGAAGAGGACGACGAAGACAUUUACGAACAACAACGAACCAGCAGCCAGGUGAACAGCACGGCAUCCAUUUACCGGAACAAUCUGCUCCAGCGGAAACUCAUUGAAAGCAACAUUGCCAUUUGGAGAUCGCUCACUGCCUUCACCCGCAGCUUUGUGCUGAAUGCCUCCAAGCAGCUCGUGACCACUGACCAAAUGCUCAUCAAAUCCCAGGUGAAUCUGCAGUCGGCACACACAUCUCUUCAACAGGCCCAAAGGAACGCCCAGGAACUGCAAUCCCGGGUGGCUGCCGUAAUGACCAGCAGCUUCCUACCGCAUGUAAACAUCCAGAAAGCUAGCUGAGUUAGACGACCUACAUUGUAUUUGCUUAUAAACGAUCAAAUCUAGGCUAA